AUGCUGCGAUUAGUUGGAAGAAUAACCAGAGUCAGAUCAUCUAUCAGAUUGUUAAGAACUAUGCCAGUGGUGAGAGGUAAACCAGAAUCUGCUAAACUAUUAAAAGCACGUCCAGCACAACCGGGUGAAUGCAAAUGGAUUGGAUUAGAGAAGUUGACAUAUAAGGAUCCUAAUGGUCAAGAAAGAGAAUGGGAUAGUGCUGUUCGUAUGACAAGAAGCAGUGGUGGUAUUGAUGGUAUUGGAAUAUUAACAAUUCUAAAGUAUCCCGACGGUAGACCUGAUGAAAUUGUGCUUCAAAAGCAAUUUAGACCUCCAGUAGAAGGUGUUUGCAUCGAAAUUCCAGCAGGUCUAAUUGAUGAAAAUGAAAGCAUUGAAGAAGCUGCUGUCCGAGAAUUGAAAGAAGAAACUGGUUAUGUCGGUAAGAUUGUCGGUAAGACUCCUAUAAUUUAUAAUGACCCUGGUUUUACCAAUACAAAUCUCUCCCUGGUUACAGUGGAAGUCGAUAUGUCCUUACCUGAAAACGUUAACCCUCAAUCUAAAUUAGAGGAAAACGAGUUUAUUGAAUGCUUUAACGUUCCAUUGAAAGACUUUGCUCAAGCCAUGAUUGAAUUAGAUUCACAAGGUUACAAAUUGGAUGCUCGUGUACAAAACGUUGCACAAGGUAUAAGACUUGCUCAACAGUAUCAUUUGUCAUGA